AUGCAUCCACGUGUCCUGGCUGCCUUCUUCUUCUGGAGCUGGCUCCACUGUUGGUCUCUGCCUCUUCCUGACAAGGAUGACAGUGAUGGAGACCUGUCCGAGGAAAACUUCCAGUUUGCAGAGCACUAUCUGAAAUCAUACUACUAUCCCCGGAACCCUGCUGGAAUCCUGAAGAAGAUUACAGGCUUGUCCUUGGCGGACAGGCUCCGAGAAAUGCAGUCUUUCUUUGGCUUAGAAGUGACCGGCCAACUUGAUGAUAACACUUUAGACAUCAUGAAAAAGCCAAGAUGUGGAGUCCCUGAUGUGGGCGAAUACAAUGUUUUCCCUCGAACUCUCAAAUGGUCGAAAACGGAUUUAACUUACAGGAUUGUGAAUUACACCCCUGAUCUGACCCCUCCUGAGGUUGCCAAGGCUGUGAAGAAGGCCCUCAAAGUCUGGUCGGAUGUGACACCUCUGAAUUUCACCAGAGUUCACAACGGCACCGCUGACAUCAUGAUCUCCUUUGGAACUAAAGAGCAUGGCGAUUUCUACCCAUUUGAUGGGCCUUCUGGUCUCCUGGCUCAUGCUUUUCCUCCUGGGCCCAAUAUUGGAGGAGAUGCCCAUUUUGAUGAUGAUGAAACUUGGACAAGUAGCUCCAAAGGCUACAACUUGUUCCUUGUUGCUGCCCAUGAGUUCGGCCACUCCUUAGGCCUGGAGCACUCCAAGGACCCGGGAGCACUCAUGUUUCCCAUCUACACCUACACGGGCAAAGGCCACUUCGUGCUUCCUGAUGACGAUGUCCAAGGGAUCCAGUCGCUCUACGGUCCAGGAGAUGAAGACCCCGACCCGAAACAUCCCAAAACUCCGGAGAAAUGCGAUCCCGCCUUAACCAUUGAUGCCAUCACCAGUCUCCGCGGAGAACUCAUAAUCUUCAAAGACAGAUUUUUCUGGCGCCUGCACCCUCAGCAGGUUGAGGCGGAGCUGUUUUUAACGAAAUCAUUUUGGCCUGAACUUCCCAACAACAUUGACGCUGCAUUUGAGCAUCCUUCUCAGGACCUUAUCUUCAUCUUCAAAGGAAGAAACUUUUGGGCUCUUAACGGCUAUGAUAUUUUGGAAGGCUAUCCCAAAAAAAUAUCUGAACUGGGAUUUCCAAAAGAGAUUAAAAGGAUAAGUGCAGCUGUUCACUUUGAGGAUCGCGGCAAGACUCUCUUAUUCUCAGGAAAUCAAGUCUGGAGCUACGAUGAUAUUAACCAUAUUAUGGAUAAAGACUACCCCCGACUAAUAGAAGAGGAGUUCCCAGGAAUUGGUGAUAAAGUCGAUGCUGUCUAUGAGGAAAAUGGUUAUAUCCAUUUUUUCAGCGGACGCAUACAGUUUGAAUACAGCAUGUGGAGCAGCCGCGUUGUUCGCAUCUUGCUAACCAACUCUAUAUUGUUGUGUUAGCUGUGCUUUAAAGAUUUGUAAUUUAAAUCCUGGAGAAUAUUUGAAAAAAAUACUUCUAGAGGUAUUGGAGGUGGGGGACACAGGCUGAUAUCAGGGGAAAGCUUAGUUCUGUGAACAAGCUUCAGUAAGUUAUCUUUGAAUAUGUAGUAUCUAUAGGGCUAUGCGUGGCUGGAACCACCCUGAAGAAUUUUUAAAGUAAUGAGAAUCAGCAUGCGCAAAGAUCAUCUGAUUCUUGUGUUGUAACACUUGCUGGAAUUUCCCAUUCGCAAAAUGAGAUACAUGGUCUAUCAAAAAGUUAAGCUAUUUAUUAAAAGUUUGCAAAGCCAUAAAAGUAAAUCAGAUGUAUGCCAUUAAUGUCGUCUUUAUGAAAAAAUACAAGGUAGUAUGAGAAUAGAUUUUUAAAGUACGUAUGGUAGCCCUCCGUGAAACAAAAAGCAACCAAGGUGACAUGUCUGUGAUAAAUAUAUUGCAGAUAACUUUUCUGAAAAGCAAGUAAUUUCUUUUUCUUAACAAGAAGAUUCUGAUGUUUAUGUCCAUCUCCAGACAGACAUUAAAAUAAAUGUCAGAGUCACCAGAGCUAUGACUGAUGCUGAAGAGGGUACUUGGCCUUUCAACUGUGUUUCAUUUCCACUUUUGAUAAUGAUGCAAAGGCCACACUCAAAACAAAUAUCUCUUUGCAUAUUUAUAGAAAACAAAGAGACAAUUUUCAAUUUUCAAAAAUUAUUUCAGGGCUCUCAACUCUCAAAAAGUAAAGAAGAAAAAUGGUCACCAAGUGUUGUAAGGGCACAUACUACUUUUAAAGUAUACAUCAUUUGAUCAUUUAUGGCUACAAGAAUGAUUAAACCCCAUUAUAUAUAGAUAAGCCUUUUCGUCAUCCAGUUCGCUUUGGAUAAGUAGGCUGUUUGGGGAAUGCUUGUGUGUUGGAGUACAAAUUUAUCUCAUACAUUGGAAAUAUAUGCAUUAAAAUGAGAUGUUCUUUUGGAGGAUGGUCUACUAAGUGUUGAUCUUGAAGAUGUGGCCAGCACUUCCCUGUGCCGAGGACCACAGUGGGCAGAUCCGUAGACACUGACUGCAUGAAUGGGCAUCAAGAGAAGGACUCUCGAGCUGAGAGAUCUUGUUUAUAAAAACUCAGGCAAAGAAAGUUUAUCAUUUUGUACCAUGUUCUUAGGUAGGACGUGUUUAUUAUAUUGUUUAUAAUAAAAUGAUAUUUUCAGCAAGCUU